AUGGGACUUGUUCACUGUCCUUUUUGUUGCUACACACAAAACCAACAUCAUAAACAAACAGAUUCUCACUCUCAUGAUCACCUUCAUUCAGAACCAUCAUCAACCUCUUCUUCCCUUUCUUCACAACCAAGUCUUCCUUCUGUUCCUUCUCUCACUUCACAACCCUCUCAACAAUCUCAAACCACGCAUCACAAACUCAUAACUACAAUCAAUGGUCACUCUUCUCCUAUCUCCUCCCUCACUCUUAACUCCAAGUUUGUUUACAGUGGCUCUUCCAAUAGUGAAAUAAGAAGAUGUUCCAAUGACCCUUAUGCCCUUCAAACCUCAAACAGUACAAACAAUCUAGUUUCCAUCAGUAGCAGAUCUAAAUCAAGCAUUAAGUCUAUGGUUAUUCUCAAUGAUAUGUUAUUCAGUGCUCACCAAGAUCACAAAAUCAGAGUUUGGAGAAUCGAAACAGAAAAAGGUAGUGAUGAUAAUAAUAAUACUAAACAAGAUCAGAAGCUCUUCAAAUGCAUAGCAACACUUCCGACUUUCAACGACCGUUUCUCGAAGCUUUUUUUAUCGAAAAACUACAUCGAAGCUCGAAGACACAAGAAGUUUACAUGGGUGAAUCAUAUCGACGCAGUUUCUUCACUAGCUCUUUCCAAAGACGGGUUUUUUCUUUACUCCGCUUCGUGGGAUAGAACAUUCAAGAUUUGGAGAGUUUCUGAUUACAAGUGUUUAGAGUCUCUGAAAAACGCACAUGAAGAUGCCAUCAAUGCAAUUGUAGUUUCUUCUGAUGGGGUUGUUUACACAGGAUCAGCUGAUAAAAAGAUCAAAAUUUGGAAGAAAAAUGAAAACAAAAAGCAUUUUUUGAUUGGAACAUUGGAGAAACAUAGAUCAUCUGUGAAUGCUUUGGCUCUGAACAAAGACGGCUCAAUUUUGUAUUCAGGUGCUUGUGAUAGAUCAAUUUUAGUUUGGGAAAAAUGCAAUUCGGGUAACGAAACAAUGGUGUUAGUCGGUGCGCUUAGAGGACAUAGUAAGGCGAUAUUGUGUCUGGUUGUGGUGGAUGAGUUGGUGUGUAGUGGAUCAGCUGAUUAUAGUGUUAGGAUAUGGAAAAGAGGGAUCGGUGAAAAGAAUUAUGCAUGUUUGGCUGUGUUGCAGGGUCAUAGGAAACCUGUGAAGUGUUUGGCUAUGGAAGUUGAUUCCAAAAGUCGUGAAAAUGGUGAUGAUUGUAGUUCUUAUCUUGUUUACAGUGGUGCUCUUGAUUGUGACAUCAAAGUUUGGCAAAUAAGAAUUCCCUUGUUUUGA